CCUCGUCAACACUCCCGCUGUCGCUUGCUGCACGUACACGCCUGCUGCCGCUCUGUCCGUUGUGGCCGCCCCAAGACCUCCGCGCCGCAUGCAGACCCCCCGCCCAGGCGUCCUCACUUUUUCGAAGCACACGGGCGGCGCCCAAUGGGAACGGACCCUGGACAGUCGAUGAGCAUCCAUAGCGUAGACUUUGGCGCCGGUUGACGAGGAGCGCCAUGGAGCCCUCAAAUCCCGAGGACAAGACGGAUGGCUCGUCCAUCAAGCCAGUCUCCUCUCUCCGCAGCUUCUUCGAAAAUAAUCUCGGUGCCAGCAAACCGCCGGCGAGCCCUCGACCACCAUCGCCCCAAGCCGUCGACCGGCUGGCCGUGUCCGAGGACAGCAGGAGGGAUGCGCGCAUGUCGCUGGACAUCGCGCGGCAAAAUGGCGGGCGGCACUCGACGUCGAACCUGCUAGAGACCAGCGGGAAUGGUCCUGUUACGCCUCGGGGGAGAAGUAUGCGGUCGCCUUGGAGCGUCCCCAAGCCGCGCCCGACGUCCAUGGUAGCUUUCUCGCCGCCGCGGUCGCCUACGAGAUCGCCACCCAAGGUCAUGGUCAACUCGCCGUCGUCUCCGCCGCCUCAUUCCCCAGGCCCGCAGAUCCACUCGCCGCUUCCUUCGCGGACUUCCUUCCAUACUUCGCUGGAGACGUCCUCACAGAGUCCAACGGUUCCAAACGGCACGAAGCCGUUCAAGCUACCCAGUCGGGACAACACUCCUGCAAUACCCCUAGAAUCGAAGCCCAGCUUCGUCUCUUCGCACGCCGCAAGCCCAGCCGUCGAGUCGCGCAAGAGUGGCGCAUUCGACCGGCAUAGCAUUUCCACGCCACCCGUCCCGCCUCCUGUCAAUCGCGCCGGCAAACCCAAAAUAAUCAACAAACCGCAACCCGUGAACCCACCCCCAAGGUCGUCUUCACUUGCUCCGAUACAUGACACAGACCGAGACCGGAGGGAUGUAUCGCCUUUCAGCACGCCGCCUAGCAGCCCCGAAAAACCGCCCUCGCCUACGAAAGAUGCUAGUCCUCCAAAGCGCUUUAGCAACCUGAGAGACGGAUACUUUCCACCGCCUCCUAUCCAUCACGCAGUAGCGGAGAAGCUGCCUCCUUCGGACCCGCGAGCCCAAGGGUUUGCGCAUCAGCCGUCCAGAAAUCCUCCUCCGGGGCGACAUCAGACUACUGGCGACCUGUCCGAAGACCGCCCUACUCUUCCCGCGCGGAGAGAACGAGACAACGUGGACAUGCGUAAAAGCAUGGUUUUACAAAGGCCGGCAGCCCCUGAACCGCCAGUCCGGCGAUCGAUGGAUACAUUUCGUUCCCCUGCUAUGGUGGCUGAAACUACGAAUAAGAUCAUGCCGCCGCCGAGACGUACUCAGACGACGGAAAUGUAUUCGGUCGCUCUUGCAGAAUCACGCAAGUCGCUUGAACCUCCGAAGCCACCGCCGCCGCGAAACUCUGGUGAAUUCAGACGCCCUGCUCAGGUUCCCGCUCCCGCGCCUGCACCACCUCGCAAAGCUUCGCAGCCGUACAACUACGACUCAGACGAUACCGAUACCGCAAACGAGAAGCCCGGCACUGCUCUUACCGACUUUCCAGAUUCCUCUCAAGCCAACCGCAGGCCACCAGUUUUUGACGCUGGGACUUCAUUGAUACCAACAGGCUACGAGACUAAGCUGUUUGCGAUAUGUGGAGAAUACAUUUGUACGACUGGUUACGUGACCAAUGUAUGGAAUGUGCUCAAUGGCAGGCUCUUGAUGAGUAUCAGUCAUGGAGAUACAGUCAAAGCUACGGCGGUGGCAUUUCGGCCUGCGAAAGACGUCGAAGAUGAAGGUAAACGCUUAUGGCUUGGCAUGAACACCGGCGAGAUGCAUGAGAUCGAUAUUUCGACUCAAAGCGUGGUGUGCACGAAAAGCACGGCGCACAAAGGCGCACCUGUUGUAAAGAUCUUUCGAUAUGCGUCCGAGAUGUGGUCCCUGGACGACGAAGGCAAACUCCACAUUUGGCCACCGGAUGAUACAGGCUCCCCAACUCUUCAGCAGACACCUUGCGCAUACCGCGUCCGUAGCGGCCAUACUUUCUCAAUGAUAUCGGGAUCACAGCUCUGGAUAGCUUACGCCAGAGAGUUGCGCGUCUACAAGCGAACGGGCGACGGCAACUACUUUCAAGAACUGACGCAAGGAGGUCUGUCGCAAUUAAAUGUGGGCGACGUUACUUCUGGUGCUAUCUUGAGUAGCCAACCGGACCGCGUCUACUUUGGCCAUAAUGACGGAAAAGUCACCAUCUACGCGAAAAAGGGCUUUGAUUGUCUGGGUGUGGUGAACGUAAGCCUGUACAAAAUAAGCUCGCUGGUCGGUGUGGGCGACUAUCUUUGGGCUGGAUAUAGCACGGGCAUGGUCUACGUCUACGAUCUGAGCAGCACGCCGUGGAAAGUGAAGAAAGACUGGAAGGCUCAUGAGAAGGUCAUCUUCGGUAUUUUGGCUGAUAGAACAAGCAUCUGGAAGCUCGACCGCCUCCAGGUCGCAACGUUGGGUUCUGACAACAUUCUGCGCAUAUGGGAUGGUAUGAUGAAGGAUGACUGGCACGAAACCCAAAUGCAGCAGCGCGACUCCGAAUAUUGCGAGUUCCGAGAGUUGACAGCCAAGGUCAUGACCUGGAACGCCGGCGCAGUAAAACCGACGGAACUACGACAUAACGAGCAAGAUCAGAACUUCUUCCGAGAACUGUUACAGCCUGAAGACCCCGCUGACAUACUUGUAUUUGGUUUCCAAGAGCUGGUAGACCUGGAGAACAAGAAGAUCACGGCCAAGAGCUUCUUCAAGAAGAAGAAGUCAAAAGAUACCCAGGAACAGGAGCACAUGUCCCACCAGUACCGAGCGUGGCGCGACCAUCUCGUUCGCGUCUUAGACGAACACUGUCCCCGGCAGAACUACACCCUGCUCCAUACAGCAAACCUGGUCGGACUCUUUACUUGCAUUUUCGUAAAGGGUUCCGAACGCACCAAAAUUCGCGAUGUUAGCGCGGCGGAAAUCAAGCUUGGUUUCAGUGGGCGCGUCGGAAACAAAGGAGCGUUGGUCGUUCGAUUUCUCAUCGACGACUCAUCUCUCUGCUUCAUCAACUGCCAUCUGGCAGCUGGACAGUCGCAGACACAACACAGAAACAACGAUGCCGCCUCCAUCAUGGAAGCGGCACCUUUGCCACGAAAUCGCUCACCCAGAGACUGUACAAACUUCUUUGUGGGCGGCGGUGACGGCUCUAUGAUACUUGACCAUGAAAUUUGCAUCCUCAAUGGCGAUCUCAACUACCGCAUCGAUUCCAUGACGCGCGAUUCUGUCGUUUCUGCUGUGAAGCAGGGCAAUCUCACCAAACUCCUCGAACGGGACCAGCUUCUCCUGUCUCGGAAACGCAACCCAGGUCUACGGCUACGCGCGUUCAAUGAAGCCCCCAUCACGUUCGCGCCCACAUACAAGUACGAUGUCGGAACCGACACGUACGACACCUCUGAGAAGAAGCGCUCGCCUGCGUGGUGCGACAGGUUGCUGUAUCGCGGUCUGGGCAAAAUUAAGCAAACCGAAUACCGACGACACGACUGCGUGAGAGUCUCAGAUCACAGGCCUGUUAGCGGGAGGUUCAAGCUGAGGGUCAAGACGAUCCAUACGAAGUUGCAGAUGGCGGUAAGCGACAAAGUCGAGGUUGAGUUUGAGGCUGUAAAGAGGAGGAUAGCGGGGGACAUCAAACUCGAUUACCUAGUUAAUGUAUUUGGACUAAGCGCAAAGGAAGCGCAAAAGCUAUUGCAAGGCGCGUAGGAUUCGCCCGUCGGCCGUCUGGAGAUACCACAUUCGUAUUAUUGAUUGGGCGCUGUUGCUGAGCAUCUGCAUUGAGGUAGUGUUAUGAACGAUACACUGGGGAUUGAACAGUGUGUGGUCGCGUGCUGGGUCCAGGAAAUGCAACACGAAAAAGCGAUCUGCACAAUCC